AUGUUUAAUAAGUUUAAUUUUAAGUUUUAAAAUAAUGAUUAUGUGUGAUUUAAUUAGGUAUAUUCUAAUUUACUCAUAACUUCGAUUAGAUAUUUAAUUUUUAGACAUAAUUGUAACAGUUUAUUUCAAGAAUGAGUCUUGUAGAGGGCAAAAGAAUAACUUUUAAAAGAGCGAGACCAAAUCCUUUGUUUCAGGAUUGGCUAGAGGAAUUAUUCGAACAAGCACAUAAAAAGAAGAGUAAACUUGAAAGCAUCCUGAAGGAAGCUUUAGAUUCUAUAUCAAAAUAUCCAUUGCCUUUACAAUCUGGAGCCGAAUGUGCUAUACUGAAAGGAUUUGAUAAACGUCUAUGCUUAUUCCUUGAUAAACGAUUGGAAGAAUAUAAAAUAUUAAAUAAAGUGACAUCUAACUCCUCCCCAAAUGGAAUUAAUAUUUUUAAUUCACCACCUCCAAAAAUUUGUGCAGUAACUUCUCUUAGUUCACCUAUAGAAGAGAAUAAAUCUUCUGAAGUACACUCCAGUGCUGUUAAUCCCAAUCCAAAACACAGAAAAAAUAAAAUUAAAUACAAACCAGCUUUUCGUUCCGGUGGUUAUGCUAUCUUGAUGGGUCUAUUAGAUCAUACAACAUGUAGCAGUACACAGUCACUACAAAAAGAAGAACUGAUUAACAUAGCCCAAAAAUAUUGUGAAGAAUCGUUUACCAGACCAAAACCAGAAACUUUCUAUACUGCAUGGUCAAAUAUGAGCAGAUUAAUAUCUAAAGGCUUAGUAAAAAAAACUGGGAGUAGAAAAUCUCAAUACUCUUUAACAGAUUUAGGUAUAACUGUAGCUAAUGAACUUUUCUUAGACACUCAAAAUAUGCCAACUGUUAAUGAUAUAAUUUUUAAUGAUAAAUCAUAUGGUACUGCAUCUGAGAAUGUAGAAAAUGAAGUAAUUGUGCUUGAAGACAAUAGUUCUAAAACAGAUAUUUUCGAAAAUAUAUCUUUAAUAAAAAACAAUUUCAUAGAUGAGCAAAGUGCAGACUUAGACCAACAAUUAAUGGUAAUGGAUGCUGGAACUUUUGAUAUCAUACUAUUAAUUGACAAAAACGAAACUAGUGGGAUUUCCAAAAAGAAUGACCCUACAGUGGCACAGUUUAACAAAUUCCCCGAUUUGAAACAUGAGUACCGAAGUUUAAAAGUUGGAGAUUUUACCUGGGUGGCUCGUCAUAAAACCAGUAAUGAAGAGUUAGUUCUUCCAUAUGUUGUGGAAAGAAAACGAAUGGAUGAUUUAGGUGCCAGUAUUAAGGAUGGAAGGUUCCAUGAGCAAAAAUUUAGACUGAGAAAGUGUGGAUUAAAGCAUGUUAUAUAUAUGGUGGAAAGUUAUGGAAAAAACAAAUAUGUAGGUUUACCUGUACAAACUUUGAUGCAGGGUUUAGCAAAUACCCGAGUUCAGGAUGACUUUAAGGUCCAUGUAACUGACUCUCUGACUCAUUCAGCUAGAUUUUUAGCUAUGAUGACUUUAAGAUUAACAUUUGAAUUUAAGAACAAAAUAUUAAAAGGACAUAACAAAGAAUCAUGUAAUGACAUACUUAUGACAUUUGAGUUCUUCAAUAAGUCUUCAAUAAAAAAUAAGCCACUCUCAGUAACAGAUACAUUUAUAAAACUAAUUCUUCAGCUAAAAGGUGUCUCAGUUGAAAAGGCUCUAGCGAUUACUAAUGUGUAUAAAACUCCUAUAGCUCUGAUAAAGGCAUAUGAACUUUGCACAGAGAAGGAGGGAGAAAUAUUAUUGGCCAACUUAAAAUGUGGGCUAACAAGCCGGAAUGUAGGGCCUAGUGUAAGCAAAACUAUGUACCAAUUCUUUAAAUUUAAAAAUAUUAACUGAAUCUUACUUAAGUUAAAUUAUGUGGUAAAAAAUUAUAUUUAUGUUACAUGUAAAA